AGGCAGGUUAUUCGUUGACCGCUCGGUCAUGUAUCAAAAUUUCAAAAACCUGACGAUCCUUUUUUGGAAUAGGAUCAACUUAUUUUGAGGAUUCAUUCCUGCCGUUCCUCUCUCCGACGACGCAAAAUCUUGAUGUAUGUGGCAGCGCUUCGAUUGGCUUUCCUGGGCUGAGCCAUCAACUCCAUCGCCACUCAUCGAAAGGAAACCACUUGAUUUAUGCACUCAUGGCGAUAAUGGCGUCCUGGACUCUCCACCCAUCCACCAUCAAUCUCAACUUUCUUCAAGACCCACUUCUUCUAUCUAACCCCAAUCUUCCGCUUCAUCUGUUCCCUUCGAAACCCAAGCACCAAUACCAUCACAAACAGAAAAUCAACCAUGGUACUUACCUCAAGGCAUUGCAGUCGCCGCCAAACUUACGUCUUCUUUCCACAACUGCGACUGCAUGGGUUAAGCUUCUGCAAGAGAAUGCGUUGCCCGGUGAGAAGCUUCGAUGCAACAUUGCCCAGCAAACUCAGUUUUCGGUUUCUGAUGGCAAAUGCUGCAGUGUGUUCAACGAGGGCCAAAUGCUUGCUGAAAUGCCUCAACAAAGCGUGGCAUCAUGGAACGCCAUGAUCAUUGGCCAUGCCAAGAUGAAUAGACAUAGGGAUGUUCUGAAACUUUUUGUUCAGAUGAUCAACACUGGACUUGCACCUGAUGAGUUCAGUUUCCCCAGCGCUCUGAAGGCGUGUAUUUCUGUGGUAGACUUUUUCAUGUUCAGGCAAAUGCACGGUUUAGCGGUUAAAUCCGGAGUGAAUCCUCAUCCGGUUGUUGGUAGUGCUUUGGUGGAUGGGUAUGCUAAAAUUGGAUGGGUUGAUGAUGCCAUUUUGGCGUUUGUUGAGAUUGAUGAGAAGGAUGUGGUUUCGUGGAAUGCAGCACUUGGUACUUUUGUGCAGGCUGACCUCUGGGAAGGUGCAUGGGAAGCAUUUCAUGAAAUGCUGAAAGCUGGGAUAGCACCCGAUCAUUUCACUUGCGCUACUCUGCUUAAGGCCUGUGCUGCUUUGAGGUGCUUGUGGAAAGGGAGGCAAGUUCAUGCAAUGGUUAUCACCUCUGGCCAUGCUUCUGAUGUUUUUGUGGCCAAUUCACUCAUUGACAUGUAUGGUAAAUUUGGAGAUCUUGAUGAUAGCAUGUUGGUGUUUGAGACCAUGAGCACGAAGGACCAAGUGUCUUGGAACACAUUAAUUUCUACCUACUCUAAUCUUGGCCAUCCAGAUGAAGCACUCCAAUUGUUCUUUAGAAUGCAACAAGCAGGUUUCAGGACCGACCGGUUCAAUCUAGGAAGCAUUCUCACGGCGUGCAUAAGCCUGUCCGAUGCAAGGAUUGGAAGAGCGUUACAUUGCUUCCUGAUGAGAAGAUUACUGGAUUCAGACGUGGUACUUGGCAGUGCUUUGAUAGACUUGUAUGCAAAGAGUGGUAGAGUCAAUGACGCGCGGAUUGUAUUCAAUAAGUUGGAGCUGAAGAAUUUAGUCUCGUGGAAUUCAAUGAUUGCAGGGUUCGUCCAAGAUGGUCGAGUCAAGGAAGCUCUUGAUUUAUACCAUGAGAUGAUAUUACAAGAUAUGGAACCAGAUCAGCAUACUUACACGGUACUGCUAACCUUAUGUGGUGAUGAAGGACAUGAGCACCAAGGAAAGCAGAUUCAUGCUCACAUUCUGAGAACAAUUGCCAAAAUUAAUCUAGUCUUGGAAUCCGCACUUGUUGAUUUUUAUGUCAAAUGUGGAAGACUGGAUGACGCGCGUAAGAUGUUUGACAGAAUGGAUGAGAGAAAUGCUUAUUCAUGGAAUGCACUAAUCACUGGAUAUGAACAACAGGAUCAGCCAGAUGAAUCCUUAAAUCUUAUGCACCAAAUGCAACAAGCGGGCAUCAAACCUGACCGUUUUUCUCUUGCUAGCAUACUCUCUGCAAGCAGCAGCCUUCUGGACCUCGAUAGGGGAAAGCAAAUUCAUGGGUACGUUGUAAGAAACAAUCAUAUGGAGGAAGGAACUAUCUGCUGUAAUCUCAUAGACAUGCACUCGAAGUGUGGAAAUCUGGAUUGCGCAUACAAGGUGUAUAGUAGCACCGCCCAGAAGGAUGUGUUCCUUCAGAAUGUGAUGCUUUCAGCAUUUAUUGGCUAUGACAGGAUUGAAGCAGCGAGAAAUCUGUUUGAUCAAAUGGAAGAGAAGACCACUGUCUCAUGGAACACAAUGAUUACAGGAUACAACAGGCAUGGAUGUGAGGAUGAGACCUUCAAACUAUACAAAAGAAUGAGGGAAGAAAACAGUGGGUUGGAUGGGUCAACACUGGUUAUAAUGCUUGAUGCAUGCGCCAAUACAGCUGUUCUUAGGCAGGGAAAACAGUUGCAUGCUUGCAUAAUUAAAUCAGGCAACGACCAAAUGAUCAUGAUUAACAGUGCUGGUGUCAACAUGUACGCAAAAUGUGGCGACAUUGAGAGCGCUUGCAAAAUGUUCAUUAUGAUGCCUGAGAAAAACAUCAUCACGUGGAACACCAUGAUUGCUGGCUAUGCAAAACACGGCUGCAGCAAACAUGUCAUGCAUCUGUUCAACCAGAUGCAGCAAGAGGGUGUCAAGCCAAAUGAUAUCACCUUUCUUUCAGUAAUGACGGCAUGUAGUCACACUGGCUUGAUUGAAGAUGGCUUGAGAAUUUUCAUCUCCAUGCUGGAGGACUUUGAACUUAUUCCCAGAAUCGAGCACUAUAAUUGCAUGGUCGAUCUGCUUGCUCGAGCAGGUUACCUGGACCAUGCAUAUGAUAUCAUCAAAGCAAUGCCUAUUAAAGCAGAUGUCUUCAGUUGGGGAGCGUUACUAGGAGCCUGCAGAUUGCAUAAUAAUAUAGCCCUGGGAAAACUUGCAGCUCAGAACCUGUUUGAAAUGGAUUCUAGAAACCCUGCAAAUUAUGUUUUAUUAUCAAAUAUUUAUGCAGCAGCGGAAAUGUGGGAAGAAGCAAAAGAAAUUAGAAGGCGAAUGAAAAGUAAAUGCAUUAACAAGAGUCCUGGAGUCAGCUGGACAGAGAUAGAUAAUAAAAUACACGUUUUCCAAGCUGGUGAUGAGCAGCACCCACUAAGUAAAGAGAUUUAUUCGUUGCUGAUUUUUUUAAAUUCGAAAAUGAAAACAGUCGGAUAUGCACCAGAUACUAACUUUGUACUUCAAGAUGUGGAUGAUGCAGAAGACUACCUACUGCACCACAGUGAGAGAUUAGCAGUAGCUUUAGGACUCAUUCGUUUGCCACAAAGUUCCACAAUCAGAGUCUUCAAGAACUUACGGAUAUGCGGAGACUGCCAUACCGCUAUGAAACUCAUUUCUACUAUUACCAACAGAGAAAUCAUUAUCAGGGACGUCAACAGGUUUCAUCAUUUUAGAGAUGGAAUCUGCUCUUGUGGGGAUUACUGGUAAAUAUCAAUGGUCAUUUAGUAAAGAAUUCAACAGCGUUGAAAGCAGGUUAAUCGAAAAGUAAACAUCUUUCAAUUUGCUCAAAUGCCAAACAGUUUUGUGGUGCAAGUGGUGCAGUUGAACAAUUCAUCCAAAUAAAAUCAAAUCACGGCACAAUGUCAAGUGAAGUUCUUCAUACACAUGAACAAGGUAAAACCUACAUCAACACGUUAUUCAAAGUACCAAUAUUUGGCAAACAGUUAAAAACACUUAGAGAGGGGGAGAGUGAUGCUGAUGCAGAGCGGGUCCAGACCAUUUACAUGCCCAGCUCAAGCCUAGAUUCUUUGAUCCUUCAUUCAGGUCCAAAUACAGGCAAGUGACUCGAGGCAGAAGCUUGGUUGCAGAUAUAGAUUCGGGCAAUGCUAUUCACAGGCCGAGUUCGAAGGAGCUGGGCCAGCUCGAAUGCUUUAGGUGAGAACUCGAGCUCGGCUAGGCUUGAGCUUAGGCUCAGUUAAGCUCAAGCCGAGACUCCCGACUUGGCUAGAGCUUAGUGUCGCCAGCCUGGAGACAAUUUGCUAAAGCGUUCCCUCUGAGUCUGGACUGCAGAAGGGGGCUUGGAGCAGGUUCCCAUAUCGGCUGAAAAGCUCACCAUCACCAAAUUUUGAUAUUCCAGCAGAGGUUGCAUUGGUGCUAAUGGAACGUCUCUCUGCUGUUUCUGCUUUAUUUUUUUCUCUUCCGUGGAAAUUUAUUUGGGCUUAUCGUUUGCCGUCACUGGUUUUGUCUUCAGUGCUGGCCUUAUUUUUUGUAUAUUCCUUUUGAUGUAUAGCUUUCUUCGUGAAUAAAAGUCCGUGACUGCAUCUACCAGCGAGAGGUUUUUCGAAUGUUUGAACCUUUCAUUUGUUUCAAAUCUGUAUAUCCACUCUGUAUUGCCUUAUCCGUGAUUAGGUCCUC